GCAGAAGAAAAUUGUGAAGUUAAAAGAGAGAUAAAGGAAAGGCAUGAUCUUUGCACCAAACUUUGACGGCCAAAAAUAAAUGCAGAAGAAAACACUAAGUGCUGCAAUGUUGGAAUUUAUUGCUUCAGCCUUCAGCUCAACUAACUCUUUUAAGGCCAUGAUGUGUUGUUAAAUUCAUCAACCAUUUUCUCAGACCAUUUUCUUCAGAGGCUUUUGGAGAAGAAAACAGCACCAUUUUUUAGGAAGCAUUUGUGUGGUAAUGGCUGAGGUGUACACUGUGAAGGUAGAGGAGGCAAGGUUGGAAAGUGAUGGAAAACCUUCAGCAGGUCCUGUCUACAGGUGCAUCUAUGCCAGAGAUGGUUUGAUGGAAGUGCCUUCUCAUUUUGAAUCUCCAUGGGACUUCUUCAGGGACACGACCAAGAGGUGCCCCAACAACCCUAUGCUGGGUCGGCGUCAAAAAACGGAUUUCAAGGCUGGUCCCUAUGAAUGGAUGACAUAUCAGGAGGCUUAUCAUGCUGCCAUUCGAAUUGGUUCAGCCAUGAAGGGCCUUGGUGUCAAUCCUGGUGACCGUUGUGGCAUAUAUGGGUCUAACUGCCCUGAAUGGAUACUUGCAAUGGAGGCUUGCAAUAGCUACGCAGUAACAUAUGUUCCAUUAUAUGACACACUGGGUCCCAAUGCUGUGGAGUUUAUCAUAAACCAUGCUGAAGUCUCGAUAGCAUUUGUACAAGAUAGCAAGAUUCCUUCUGUUUUAUCAUGCCUUGGCCGCUGUUCAAAUCUUAAAACUAUUGUGAGUUUUGGUAAUGUUUUAACUGCACAAAAGAAGGAAGCUGAGGAGCUUGGCGUAUCUUGCUUCUCGUGGGAAGAAUUUCUUCAGUUGGGAGAUCUGGAUUUUGACAUGCCACUGAAAAAGAAGACUGACAUAUGCACAAUCAUGUACACAAGUGGAACAACAGGUGAACCCAAAGGAGUCAUCAUUAAGAAUGAGGCUUUCAUGGCUCAAGUGUUGUCCAUUGACCAAAUGCUUGAAUUAACUGACAAAGCGGGAACAGAGGACGAUGUGUACUUCUCUUUCCUUCCUCUUGCUCAUGUAUAUGACCAGAUAAUGGAGACCUAUUGGGUUUAUAAGGGUUCUUCAAUUGGAUUUUGGCAAGGCGAUGUCAGGUUCUUAAUGGAAGAUGUUCAGGUGCUGAAACCAACUAUAUUUUGCGGUGUCCCUAGAAUUUAUGACCGUGUUUAUGCUAGUAUCAAAAGCAAAAUUUCAUCUGCAGGAGUACUGCGAAGUUCAUUGUUUCAAUAUGCAUAUAGCUACAAGUUGGGAUAUAUGGAGAAGGGUCUUCCCCAAGACAAAGCAGCACCUUUGUUUGAUAAGCUUGUGUUUGAUAAGAUAAAACUAGCAUUAGGUGGACGAGUUCGUCUUCUGUUAUCGGGAGCUGCUCCUUUGGCCAGGCACGUGGAGGAGUUUUUGAGGGUCACGUUUGGAGCUACUAUGCUGCAAGGAUAUGGUCUUACUGAAAGUUGUGGUGGAUGUCUCACUGCAAUAAGUAAUGUGUUUUCCAUGAUGGGAACAAUUGGAGUCCCUACAACAACCAUUGAGGCCAGGCUUGAAUCUGUGCCAGAGAUGGGAUAUGAUGCACUCUCCACUGAAGCCCGUGGAGAAAUUUGCCUGAGAGGGAAUACCUUGUUCUCUGGUUACCACAAGCGUCAAGAUCUUACUGAAGAAGUUCUGGUUGAUGGUUGGUUUCAUACAGGUGACAUUGGAGAAUGGCAGCCAAAUGGAGCCAUGAAAAUUAUUGACAGAAAAAAGAAUAUCUUCAAGUUGUCUCAAGGAGAAUAUGUAGCUGUGGAGAAUAUUGAAAACAAGUAUUUACAGUGCCCCCUUAUAACAUCGAUUUGGGUCUAUGGAAACAGUUUUGAAUCUUUUUUGGUGGCAGUGGUGGUCCCUGAAAGUAAAGCCCUUGAGGAUUGGGCAGUGAAGAAUAAUUAUACAGAUGAUUUUAAAUCUUUAUAUGAAAAUCCAAAGGCAAGAAAAUACAUUUUGGAUGAGCUCAACAGCACUGGUCAGAAACACCAACUUAGAGGAUUUGAAAUGCUAAAAGCAGUUCACCUUGAACCAAUUCCCUUUGACAUGGAGAGAGAUCUGAUAACUCCAACAUUCAAGUUGAAGAGACCGCAAUUGCUCAAGCACUACAAGGAUUGUAUUGAUCAACUAUACAAGGAAGCAAAGGCAUAGACGACACCGUCCAUAUAUAUAUAUGCAAUUAUGAUGAUUCGGACAGUUUUCAUAUAAACCAUUUGAUAUUUUUUUUACACUUUGGUUCAUUCAUCAGUGAAGUGAAUAGCUGCAAACAAAACCUUGUAUUAGUAACAACUAAGCAUAUCCACUAUUAUCCAUUCAUUCUUAAGAAGAUUACAUAUCAACUUUUGUUCAUUGAUUCACUAUUUAUAUUAGUGUUUUGUUCUCGGCUAA